GGUUAGAUCAUCCUGAGUUGAAUGAAAAGCAUUUUUUAUUAUUGAAUCAUAGUGCAAUAAUGCUCGACUUGUUUACUAUAUUCAGUAAAGGGGGUAUCGUGCUUUGGUGUUUCCAAAGUACCUCGCAAAUAUUCACUCCUAGUGUCAAUGCGCUGAUACGAAGUGUCAUAUUGCAAGAACGUACAGGGAAUCACAGCUUUGAGCAUGAUUCUUUACGUUUACAGUAUAAACUUGACAAUGAGUUUGAGCUAGUGUUUGUGGUAGCAUAUCAGAAGAUACUGCAGUUAUCCUACGUCGAUAAAUUUUUAAAUGAUAUUCAUUUGGAGUUCAGGGACAGAUUUAAGAAUGAAUUGGGAAGAUCUCAGUGGUUUGGUAAUUUCAAUUUCCACUCUAAUUAUGAGAAUGUACUUGCUAUGGCUGAACAAUGGGCACGGACACAGGCGAAGAUACCUAAACAAAUGCGUACUUUUGAUGAGAGUCAGAAAUCAAAAAAGACUGUGGCUAGUAUGAUCAUUCGAAAAGAUGACAAAGAUAAUAAAAAACAAGGUAAAUCAAUUUUUUACUAUGUCGUCAAUUUCGAUUUCGUAUUUAAUCAUUCAUUCUUAUUUUAUUCUCCAGUAAAAGUUCAAGAGAUUCCAAAGCAGGAUCUACCAAAUAACGAAACGAAUAAUCAUAAUCAUAAUGGAGAGAUCGAUGAAGAGACUCUAAUCGCGAACCGUUUGAAACUGGCUCAGAAAUUGACUGGUAAAAAGAAAAAAGUUGAUAAAGUUGAUAAGCAGAAAAGUCCUAAACCAGAGAAGGCUGGUAAGAAACCUCGCGUGUGGGAAUUAGGUGGAACUGUUAAGGACCUAGCUACUUUAGAACGUACCAAAGAUAAGCCAGAAGAGAGUGGUGACUACGUACCAGCUGAUACAACAUUAGUGGGCCGGAUGAAGGGUGGCAUUCGCGAUUUAGAAGUAGAAAGCGAGUCGGAGGACGAAUCCGACCAGGAGAUUGAAGAUUCCAAACCACAAGUACAAAAGAAAUCUAGUGGCAUGUUUUCCAUGUUCAAGAGCCUGGUUGGUAAUAAGUCCUUGAAGCACGACGAUAUGGUCAUGGUUUUGGACAAGUUGAAGGAUCACUUGAUUACAAAGAACGUGGCCGCCGACAUUGCUCAAAAACUGUGUGAUUCUGUCGGCGUGAAACUCGAGGGAAAGGUACUCGGUACGUUCGACAGCGUGACAAGCACCGUGAAAGCGACGCUGACGGACGCGCUCGUGCAAAUUCUGUCCCCGAAGAGGCGUGUGGAUAUAUUGCGAGACGCGAUGGAAGCCAAGAAGAGUAAGAGACCUUACGUGAUGACCUUUUGCGGUGUUAACGGGGUAGGGAAAUCAACGAACUUGGCAAAGAUUUGUUUCUGGCUCAUCGAAAACAAUUUCCGUGUGUUGAUCGCUGCGUGCGAUACUUUCAGAGCUGGCGCAGUCGAACAGCUAAGAACCCACACGCGCCAUUUAAAUGCAUUGCAUCCGCCAGAGAAACACGGAAAUGUAACUAUGGUACAACUAUAUGAGAAAGGAUAUGGUAAAGACGCGGCUGGUAUAGCCAUGGAGGCAAUUCGUUUUGCUAAGGACUCGAAAAUCGAUAUAGUCUUGGUGGACACUGCUGGCAGAAUGCAAGACAACGAACCGUUGAUGAGAGCCUUGGCUAAGUUGAUCAAAGUGAACGAGCCGGAUCUGGUACUUUUCGUCGGUGAAGCUCUUGUUGGGAACGAAGCUGUUGAUCAAUUAGUGAAAUUCAAUCAAGCGUUAGCUGAUCAUAGUCAAUCCAGCAAUCCUCAUAUCAUUGACGGGAUUGUGUUGACUAAAUUUGAUACAAUUGAUGAUAAGGUAGGUGCGGCGAUUUCUAUGACGUAUAUUACCGGUCAACCAAUCGUUUUUGUUGGUACCGGACAAACAUACACGGACCUGAAGUCAUUGAACGCGAAAGCCGUAGUACACGCUCUGAUGAAAUAAUUGUUGAUUCUAAUAAUGAAAUAUACAAACUUAAUUAUUCCGAGGUAUUUCGUGGACUGUUAUCGACAGAUUCAGGGAACGAACAAUUAUUAUUGCUAUUAUGAAUAUAAUGAUAUACAGAAAUCUAGGAGGGAUAACAUAUGAUCAUGUCAAGAUUCUUAUUGUUCUUGAUGCCUUGACGAUGCAAAGAGUACAUUGUUCUUAAUUAAGAUAAAAAAGAACACAUAUACAGAAGC